UACGGGUCUUGAACAAAAGGACUGACGAAAGCGAAAGCAAAUCCGCCCAAAUGGUAUCUGUUCGCCUCAAGCAUUUCUUGCAAACGCUACCCGUGUGAGCGCGUGUACAUCAGCAAGCCCAAGGUUUAUCGAAAACGCCGACAAGUUUCCCGCACAGAAAUCGACCAACACACCGGACAGAAGUCAGCAUGGCACAGUUGAUGGCAACAUUGAGAGGCCAGGUUUGGCAGACGACAACACGGGUUCAGGUGUCGGGUCAUUGUAGACGUCUGAAAUAUGUAACGAACCGCUCCAUGUUCACCGAAGAGAACAGCCAAGUACAACGUUCGCUCGUCAGGCGGGCUGCUGGACAUUACAACCCAGGGCGAUCGUUUUGCACAGAGGCGGCCCCAUCUACUGGUGCCCGACAGGCACGGAGCCGGUGGUGGGACCGGCUGACAGUGGUGGGCCCUUUGUCUGUCGCACUUUUGGGAUUGUGGAUAGACUGGAGAGUGAGGCAGGUGGAGAACAGGAAGGAGGAGACCAGAAAGAAGACGGAGACCAGACGGAACCAAUUGGCACACGUGAAUAAUCAGCUGGCUAAUCUGUACGGCCCCCUACAUGGUAACAGACUGGCCACGGACAUGGCGUACAAAAAAGUCCUUUCCAAAAACAGACAUACGAAAAUGGACUAUAACGACCCAGAAAAGGAAGGGCUUCAGACAUACUUGGAGGAUGCCAAGAUAGAAUGGCAGAAAAAAGGCUGGCUUGAAAGAUGGUGGAAUGAUCCUAGCGCUCCUAAUCGAGGACGAAGCAUGUUGACAAGGUGGCGCCGGUACCUGCUGUACGUCAUCCACCCGCUGGACCUGCAAGCAGAAGAAAUCAUUCGCACCAACAUGCAUCUCGUUGACAACAGCGACGAGAAGAACGCAGAGCUCUUCCAGAAGUUUUUGUUCCAUGUGAAUUACCAGAAAUUCAUCGUGGCCAACUGGGAGGAUAGGGGGUUCGUAGUUGCUGUCUUGAAGAACUACAGAGACGGAGACUUUGAUCUGUGGAGCAAUUCAGGCAUCUUGGAAGAGGACACAGCUUUCCUCCAAGAAAUUCUCCCCAAACUGCAAACUCACGUGGAACAAACUUACACCAAACUCGUGAAACGGCAACAGCAGCUGAUGGAAGGGUUGAAAAUGGAAGAUUACGAAAACAAAAACUCGGUGUAGAAAGCACCAAAUUAAAGGCUUUCUGACCAACUUCACAUGGCAGGGGAGGAAGAAACGCAAUCGCAGGGGAUACUGAAAUACAGAAACUGUACUGAUUAAACGGCAAAAUCAACUGGGAAGAAGGGUAGAAACGACGAAAUGGUUGCAUUCCAGAAAUGCAACUUAAGAAAACUUUCCGCCAAUCAUUAUUUUCUUCCCUGUAAAGCAAUUAGGUCUAGCUGGUGCAUAAUAUUAAACCUGAGAAGAUUUCAACAUUGAUGACAACCUUGGUGUACUGAAAAGCACGGGUGAUCUUGAUUCUAAGUUCGAUUUAGCCUGUAAUUCUACAGGUAUACCGAUAAGUUAGUGUGUCGGCGCUUUAGAAAAGCUGAGACGUUUGUGCUUGGUCGUUUUUUGCGGUCUAAUUUUCAGCGCGCGAAGUUAAAGUAAACACUGUGACGUAAAAUGAACUCUGCCCGCCUACCCCCUUUUUACCACGAACUUAAAUCCACCGCGGCCGCUUUGACUGCAUUUUCUUAUUGUGAAAUGAAAUUUCCACAAGCUUUUUGCCAUUUCCCCCUUUACUGUACUUUGUGUCUGACAUAAGGUGAUUAUGAUGGUGAAUUGUUUCAAAUAAAAAGCACCCAUGUUCAUGUCAUUGUCUUGGAUGAUUUGUUUCAAAUCUAUUAUUAAUACAGUAAACUAAAAGACAGAGAGUGACAUGGUGUGGCCAAUUUUGCAGAUGACUUUAAUUGGUAAGUUAUCACUGGUUUAUCAAUCGCCUCUUCUCCUACUUCUUGCCUUCAGUGUGCCAUAUCUUCUAGUACUUCUACACACACUUACACAUACUUUAGUGUUGUACUGUGCUGUCCGAAGCAUGUUGCCAGGAACAGGGCCGGGAGUGAUUUUAUCAGGCGGUGUUAGGUUUCAGCUUUGCACACGGUCAUGCUAGAAUCUUGAACAAAAGGACAUACAGAACGGAGAGGUGAGGUCAUGAGCCCAUGUAAGGUGUAGAUCACCGUGCACCAAGCCUAAGUAUCGGAAGCGGGAGCCAAGUUCCUUCCAAGCAAUAACUUAAUAGGCUGUCAAACUCGAAUAAGCAUGGCACAGUUGAUGGCAUUGUUGAGGACGCAGUUUAGGCAGAGGGCUACAAGAGGAUUGGCGGUGUUGGCACCCAGAUCUGCGACCACCCGCUCCAUACUCACAACAGACAGCAACUUCCUACAGUGUUCGCCAACGGUCGUCCGACAUUACCUCCAGGGACACUUUCGGCAGUUUUGCAACAAGCCGCCAACUGACAGCAAACAGACGCCGAGAUGGUGGAAGACCCCCGCGAUGUCUGGCCUAUUUGGCGGUGGUACGUUUCUUGCACUGCUGACUGCCGUGGGCAUGUACUUUGAGAACCAGCGGAACAAGCUGGCACAUGUGAAUGACCAGCUGGCCAAGUUGUAUGGUCCUCUCUACGGAAACAGGCAAGCAACGCGCAGGAUCUACAAGAAAGUUCUUUCUGAAGAUUUCUACAAGGAGGGAAGAAAGGACUAUACAUUACAAGAGUAUCUUGAGGAGGCCAGGAGGAGGUGGGUAGAUUCUGACGAAAAGACUCGUGUUCAAGGAAGGAGGAUGCUAACAAGAUGGCGCAGGUUCUUAUUAACCAUCAUUCACCCCCUGGACGAAGAGGCAGAAAAAAUCAUUCGGGCAAACGCGCAUCUCAUCGAAGAUAACGAAACCAACGCCGAUGUUUUCAGCAAGUUCGUUGUCCACGUCAAUUACGAGAAAUUCAUCGUUGCCAAAUGGAUGGAGAGAUUUUGUAGUUGGUUUCCAAGAAAAGUACAGGGAGAAAGACUUUGACAUCUGGAACAAUACAGGGACAAUGGACGUUGAUCCCGACUCUAACAACAUCGCGGAGGAAACGUUGUUGGAGCUGGAAAAACACGUGAAUGAAACUUACAAGGAACUCGUGAAACGGCAGAAGAAGUUGAUGGGAGGUUUAAAAAUGGAAGGCAAAAAGUCAGUGUAGAACUUUUGAACCAGGGCAAAUCGGUACAAGAAAAUGUGGGAGCACGACGAAGGAAGACGUAUAGUCGGACAAGACCUAGGUCACUGUAGUCUGGAGAAGAGGUGGAAGGGACCAAGAGCUCUGUAAACCCAAGGGAUGAAGAAGUGCAGUGGGACUGUAACGUUAAUGUUGAAAGCUCGCCAUCAAAAUUUCUAUAAAAAAGCGCCAAUCAUUCAACAUUUCAUUUUCACUAUCACAUUUAGCGCACGAUGUUUACCAUGGAAAGAUUUAAAAAUCGAUGAGAACGUCGGCCUACCUAAAAGCAUAGCAGGUGUUAGCAGAUUGUGUCCAAUUUGUCAUGCUAAAGGAACAUAGAUAAGUCAGUAUGUUCGGGGCAUUUUGCUGGGAAGUGGCCAAUGUUGGACUUUGCAAGCGCUCACAUUAUGCCCACCAAUACAUAUUGUGUAUUUUUAGACAAGAAAGAUUUAAGAUGAGGUCCAAUGCUGAGAAUCUCAUAAUACAACCAUGCACGUCACUAAUGGAUUUUCUAAUAAAGUCUCAAAGUCUCGAAAUACUCUUUGAGAAAGGGGAGUUUAUUCAGAAUUAACAUUAGUGCUCUAGUUUUUGUUAUUUUUCAAAUAUAUCUUGUAUUACACGUGUCAUUUAACAAUGAGAAUAAUAGAAAACAAAAGCUGCAGCAAAAAAAGUAUAACUAUUUUCACAAUACGUCCAAAGGAAAUAUUCUAAAAACAAAACCUUAAGAAGACCCAGAAUGCUCAUAAAACCAACAUUUAAGAAACCAUUUUCACACCUAUGUGCUCACAAUCAUACCCUAGACAGUAGACACACUCUGUAUUGUGAUUAUCUUCAUUUCAGUAAAUACAAGUUGGUAUAAAUACAUACUGUUAUGUCUCAGAUGUACUUGGAGAAUGUGUAAAUGAAAGCAGUCUACAUUGCUUGGUGAGAAGACACACUAUACACAGUGGAAGAACAAAUUUCAAUUUAUAACUAGAUCAUUCAUCA